UUAUUAGCCGAUAGGCUUCCUUGGUGAACUUGGGCUCGGACGGCUGACCCGAAUACAUAUCUCACGCCUGAAUACCUGUGUCACAUUGCUCCAGAAACCAUUUCUGGACACCGUUAAACCAUCUUUAACUCCCCUGUUUUUUAUUCACUAUUUCACAUCACAUAUGAAUUUAUGCCAUAUCUGACGAAUUUAAUGAGCCCCAUGGUUGUACAACGCUGAUAAAGUGAGACUGACUGAGCUUCGAGUAAGCUUUGAAAACAAGAAGUGGGAUAAUUUUUUAUCCACAGAAUACAGGCAGUAAUCUUGCAUCACCCAGCUCAAUUGUCUCCAUCUCAAAACAUAUUUGCAUUUAAUAUUUUUGUUUGAAGGGAGGCAAAAUUUUGAUACCUAGAUCAUCAAAUCAAAUCAGAUUUUGGGUUUCGUAAAAUUUUCCUCCAAAUUCUGCCCAGUUUUUCUCAUUGGCAUUGUUCACAGCACGAAACAAUUUGUGCGGAAUCUUGAGGUAAGAGAAAUUGCAGAGUGCCAGGAAUGACGGAUCAAACAGGGCAGGUGUUGCUUAUGCUCAUUGCAAGCCUUAGCUUGCUGGCGCCUUCAUAUGCCAGCAUUGGUGACAGUGAUCCUCUUUACAGGACAUGUGUUGAGAACUGUGAAAAGAAUGGUUGUGUUGAAGAAACCUGCUUUUCAUCAUGCAAGCUUCCUGUGAAUGGUGCAUCAAUAGAAGGUGCCUGGUUUAUGCAAGAACCCCUUUACUUGCGUUGGAAAGAAUGGGACUGUAGGAUUGACUGUCGCUACCAUUGCAUGGUUAAAAGGGAGUCGGAAAGGGAUAUUCUUGGACAGAAACCUGUAAAAUAUCAUGGAAAAUGGCCCUUCAAGCGAGUAUUUGGCUUUCAGGAACCUGUGUCAGUGGCAUUUUCUGCUCUUAAUCUUGCAGUGCAGUUUCAUGGAUGGCUUUCAUUUGUGAUCCUUGUAUAUUAUAAACUACCGUUGAGGCCUCAUAACAGAAGUACAUACUAUGAGUUUACAGGACUGUGGAAUAUAUAUGGCAUUUUAUCCAUGAAUGCAUGGUUUUGGAGUGCUGUUUUUCACAGCAGGGAUGUGGAGCUGACAGAAAAACUUGACUACUCGUCAGCUGUGGCUCUAAUGGGCUUUUCACUUAUUGUUGCAAUUCUUCGAACCUUUGAUGUUAAGGAUGAGGCUGCUCGAGUCAUGGUGGCUGCUCCAUUGAUAGCCUUUGUCACCACUCACAUCUUAUACCUUAACUUUUAUGAACUUGAUUAUGGUUUGAACAUGAAAGUCUGUGUCAUAAUGGGGGUGCUGCAACUUCUGAUGUGGGCAAUCUGGGCAUCUGUUUCUUCCCACCGGGCACGGUAUAAGGUGUUGACAGUAGUCAUUGUGGGAGGACUGGCUAUGCUUCUUGAGAUUUAUGAUUUCCCCCCGGUAUGGGGAUAUAUUGAUGCUCAUGCUGCAUGGCAUGCUACCACUGUUCCCUUGACAUACAUUUGGUGGAGUUUUAUCAAAGAUGAUGCAGUUUUCAGAACUUCAAAGCUUAUUGGUAAAUCCAAAGACAAGAAUGAAUCUAGGAAAGUACAAUAGCAUCAUUUGCUUGUGCAAAUAGUCUGCAGUGAAAAGGAUGUGGCUUUCAUACACUAUUGGGAGAGCUAUUCCUUACAUAGUUAUUUUUGCAUUUUCACCUUUUUCCUUCCUUCUAGAGGAAGUUGAUUCGGUUUGGACUUGAUUGCAAGGUAUCAAGGUAUCAUAUGGAGACAAUUCAUGCUUUUCUCCAUGUCUUUUUCUCGCCAUGCAAAAUAUUUGUGAAGAUUGCCCUUGUAUUUAGUUUUACUUGUGUAAAGUUAGGAAAGAUGAAUUUUCUUGGGGAUGAUUUGCAGCACAUAUAAGAAUGUUGGAGUCUGGCAGAAUGACAACGAUUGCGUUGUUUAUGACAUUCUUACAUUUUGUGUGGAUUCAGUGUCAUAUUGACAAUUACCUUUCUGUGCAGGCAAAAACUUUUAUGAAGGCGACAUGUUUUGUUGGAA